GUAAUUUUGAAAUGUGUGUAUUAAUUUUUUUUCUCAAUGUACUCCGAUAAUAUGUACCGGGCUUUUUUCCUGAAUUAAUUCGAUGAACGAUACGCUCACGUACAUCCGGGCACGAUGCGUCAAUCAAACGACGCGUUUCAUCAUCCAUCCCCACCAUGCAACCUCCGUUGCGAACCGGCGUGUACUCUGCCACUUUCCUUCGUCUCUUCACUUCAUCGCGUGCUCCGUCUUCUUCUCGUAUUCUCUUUCUCCUUUUGGCGCGCGUCCGAUUUAGUUCAACCGAACAUCAACCGGUCAGUAGUCGGUAGUCAGCCGACAGUUCUCAUCGGAUCUCGAUAUGUGAUCGUCUCUCUGCCGGAAUUCUCCAGAUGUCUCGAAAAUUUCGCCCGCUCGUUCGAGACCUUAAGAAAGAUUCUGGGAGAUCGUGCUUUCCCUUGGAGCGGAUCUCCCGAGCCCGGCCGACCGAUUGAUCCAAGAUCGAUCCUAAAAAUCAAGAGGAAAAUCAGAGAUCGAUCAUCAUGCAGCAGGAUCGACAGCCGCGAAAGAGGAACGUCAUCGCUAUAGAACUCGCCGAUCACACCCGACGUCACGUCGAGCCGUCUCGCGAAUUGAUAAAUUGAAGUCACCGACAAAUUAGCAUCCCUGUGAUCAGGAUCCCGAGGUAUAAGUUGAAGAGAGAAUAGAGACGUCGGCGUUAAUCCGAUGAUCGAGAAUCGACGCGAGCGGCAUCGAGAGUGAGAGGCCACGUGGGUUGCAGCUGAUCGAUAAGAAUCCGAUGCGAGAGCGAAGGAAAACUCAAUCUGUGACAUUUCUUCCAAGAGAUAGAAUCUCUCAGAGCGCGUAAAUCGCUCUUUCUCUCUCUUUCUUCUUUCAACGGAAUUUGCUCUGCAAUGUAAACGAGGAGACGCAGGAUCGACUCGGAGAGUUUUCAUCCUGGAAAAGACGGAAGAUGAUUCGGAAGAAAUUUUUAGAAAAAAUUGAAACUUUACAACUGCUCGAUAACUAAUUUGCAUAUUUGUACUUUCUUGCGAGAUAAGAGAGAUUAAGCUUAAAUUCUUCGAAAUCUUAAGGACAGAUGAUGGAGUAUCACAAGUUGCUGAACUUUGAAUUGUAAGAUAUAUUAUUCAGCGAUAAUUGAAGCAAUUGGAUAGCAAGAGGCAAAGCGAAAGAAAGAAAAAGAAAAGCAAACGAGACACAGAGAGAAGAGAGAGCGCGAAAAUUGCUUGUUGCCCGAUUUUUUUUUUCGCGAGAGAGCACAAAAAUGGAGAAUGCACACGAUGACAUCGAUAACAAUCUCUGGGUGUUCGGAUAUGGAUCGCUCUGCUGGCAUCCAGGUUUCUCGUACAUCAGAAGCAUGAUCGGCUAUGUCAAGGGCUUUGAUAGGCGAUUCUGGCAAGGCAACACCACGCAUCGUGGGACGAUCGAGAAGCCUGGACGAGUCGCCACACUAAUCGAGGAUAAAGAGGGAGUAGUUUACGGAAGAGCGUUUCAAGUUCAGGAUAACGAGGCACUAUCCUAUCUGGAGAAUCGGGAAUGCGCUCUGGGAGGAUACCUGACGACCAUCGCGACGUUUCACAGCCGGGACGAGGGCAAGCAGUUUUCCGUCAUAAUUUACAUCGCCACUAACAAGAACGAGCAGUGGCUCGGCGAAGCGUCCUUGCAGAAUAUAGCACAUCAAAUCAUCGAGUGUUCUGGCCAGAGCGGACACAACGUCGAAUAUCUCUUACGGUUGGCGGACUUCAUGCACCGUUACUUGCCGGAGGCGCACGACGAGCACCUUUUCACGCUGGAGAUGCUGGUGCGUUCGCGAAUAAAAGAGGAGAACAUGUGUCUGGCGACGUUGAUGGGUAAUCGCGACUUCGUCAUCGACCUCGACGAAGACGCGGAGCCGGCAGGUAAUGAACGCGCAGAAGCCAACGAUCGGCCGCCCCGCGAGAAUUCCUUCCAGUUCAGCGCACGGAUACCGUCCAAGAGCUUGCGUUGCGUAAAAAUGUAGUUGACCGAAUUCGGGUAAAGUUUUCGAUCGGGGAUACAUACGUCCAAUGCGAAUUGCGAAUGACAGCUUAUUUUCUUGCGCGACGUUCAAGUACAAACGACUAUUUCGACGAAGACGUUAACUGGUAGCGAGAUUACGUUUUUAUAGGAAGUGAAAAUUCUAGGCAAAUCAAAGCUAGUAAAAAAAAGAAUCGAAAACCCUUAAUAAGCUUCGCUAUGUAUAUAAUAUAAUAUAUAAUGUAAUAUAUAUAAUAUAUAUAAUUUUCUCCGUUGGCGAGAACGCUUCUUUUAUCGCCGAUAUGUAUCGGCUUCGGUCUAAAUUUAAAAAGCAGCUGCACAUUCCAUUGGGAAUAUAGUCUCGCUGCCGGUAUACGUCUCUUAUUGUUAGAGGCUAUUCUAUCAUACGUGUUUAUAAGACGGCUGUGUUAAUUUUGUAUCGCGCAACGUGCUGGACACGUGCACGCUUAGAGAUCGUGAACUUCGCCGCUUCCUACUUUAUUAAUGUCAACUUACUCAGCUACGUAUUAUUUUUUUUAAUGUAAGACAUUUCUCAUUCUUAUCUUGGGAAAGCGAGGAUCGUAAUAUGUGCGCGAGCGAAAUAAAGUUGAAAUUGUCUAAAGUCUGAUAUAUACGAAGAAAGAGCGUUUUAGCGAAGCAUAUUUUUUAUAUUGAAAACUGUAGACAUCUCAUUUUUAAGUGUUUAUAAGCAUUCUAAUAUUGCGAAUUUAUACUUUGUACAUAUAUAGUUAAUUUUAUACACUGACGCGCGCGUGCGUCUCUUUCACGCACAUUAGACUACAAUAUAUAUUUCUAUAAUAAAAAUGU